UUCGCAUCUUUCCAUCAGUUUUCCCUCCUCUCCUUCUCUGCGUCUCUCUGAAUCCCUCUCUGAAUUCUUCCCUUUCUUCGACAUAUCUCCCCCCAUUUUUCUUCAUUCCAACCUAAAAUUCCUUCCUUUGUUUUUUCUUGUAAGAUAAACACCAGUUCAUUGCAAUAUAAGUAAUUGGAAUUGCGUAAUUUUGUAAUGCUUCGUCUUUACCUCCACCCCAUUCGGCGCCCUAAACUCCCUCUUUCUCUCCUCCACCGUCCAUUCUCCUCCUCCUCCACUCCACCUUCAUCUUCUUCAUCAAAUCUCCACAUUCGCAAUCCCUCCCAAACCCUUCACGUCACCACCACCACCUCCUCAUCUACUCUCUCUCCUCUCCCACCACCCUCCACUUCCACCUCAUUCUCCCGCACCACUCUCUCUCUUUCCCUCUUCACUUUUGCGGCUUUCGCUUCCACUUCCUACCUCCUCUCCGACACCAAUGAUGACACUGACACACCAAAAUUCGUCUCCGUAAUAGAAUCAGCAAUCCAGCGAUCAACCGACUCAGCUCACCGUAUCAUCCACCGCUUCAACCGCACCGGUGCUGCUGCCGCUGUCCUGUGGCAAUCCCUUGGCUCUGUUCUUUCCUCCGCCAAUAACGACGUUCGCUCCGGUUUUGAGUUCAGGGUUGCUGCUUUUUUGGCUGAUAUUGCUGCUGCUAAUGCUGCUCGUAGGACCGCCAUUGUCGCUGCCGGUUCUGGCAGGGUUCUUGAUUGGCUUCUUCAGACUGUUGCUGGUGAACUUUGUGCCGCACAGGCUGAGGCUGCCAGAGCUUUGGCUUACAUGAUUGCUGAUCCUAUUGUAAGGCCUCACGUUUUUGGGAGGCCUCAUUCUGUUCCUUAUCUGCUCAACUUCAUUGUCUCUGCUCAGCAGCGCUCCAAAAAGAAUUCAAGAAUUUCUGAUUCUUUGAAAGGUAGGAGCAUGCUUGUUGCUGCAAUAAUGGAUGUUGUGACCUCCGGCUGUGACAGCAAGGACAAUGUCCGAUUUCAGUCAUGCCUUCCUGCAAAUGCUGAACUGAGAGACAUUGCGUCAGCUAUUCAAGUAAUUGAAGGUGGUUUGAAUUUGGAUGAUCCACAUGCUGAAGACGAUGAUGAUGGUGGGAAAGGAUUGAAAGGUAUUGGUAUUAGAAUUCUUGGAGGUACAACUGUAUUAGGACUUUCAAGAACCAGUGGACUAGUGGAUUGUGUUGAUAGUGAUAGUGUAACAACCAGUAAUUACACUUCUAAAGACCUUGUUCAUCAGAAAAGGCAUGAUAGCUAUCUUGCUGAUGCAAAUUUGUCAUCUGCUGUAGUACCUGGUCUUUGGGACGAUUUACAUUCUCAGCAUGUUGCUGUGCCAUUCGCUGCAUGGGCAUUGGCCAAUUGGGCUAUGGCGUCGGAGGUUAAUAGAUCUCAUAUUCAAGAAUUGGAUCAGGAUGGAAAUGCUAUCAUGACUGCUUUGGCGGCCCCUGAAAGAUCGGUGAGGUGGCAUGGGAGUUUGGUUGCUCGACUGCUUUUGGAGGACAUCAAUGUUUCAUUAAGCGAUUCUGUUUCAGACUGGAGUUCUUGUCUGCUUUCAACUAUAUCACAAGCUUGUAAAAAUAAUGACACACCUCUGGCGCUGGUGGCUUUGUCAGCAUUUUUGCUUUCUGUUGAUAAGAGUCCGGGCGCCAAGAAAAUUGUUAUGGAGAAAGGUCUUGAUUUAAUGAGAGACACUGCUAAACAGACAAUACGUCAUAAGGAUAUCCAACAAGCACUGGCAAAGGCACUAGAAUUAGUUUGUACCAAUGAAAAUCGUUUAUCACUUGAAGAAAGUCUUAAAUGGUCUGGCAUUCUGCUCUCCUGGGCAUGUGGAAAAUUUUCUUCUGAAGAUACACGAUAUUCUGCAACAAAAACCCUUUCAUGCAUCCUUGAGGAUUUUGGGCCAUCUUCUGUCCCGAUUUCGCAAGGAUGGUUAACUAUUCUACUAAAUGAAGUUCUGGACUCUACUAAGACGAUACCAGUGAAAGGAACCUCUCAACCUAAAAGUGAUAAAGUGAAGACUCAAAUUGAUCAGUCAAACGUUCAGUCUGGUAUACAAAUUGCCAGUCAGCUGGCGAACUCUGUUGUUAACCUAGCUGGAAAGCAAUUGGGUAUUGCAAUAGAUCAUGGUGACUCAUUCCCCAUUGCUGACCUCCUAUCUCAAGAACCUUUCACUGGACCAUUUAAAAAUCUAAAUAAAGAUCGGAACCCCAAAUGUGAUGCUGCAGACUCAGCAGUGGCGACCCUUAAGGGAAUUAAAUCACUGACUGAAAUUUGUGCAGAUGACUUAGUAAAUCAAAACAAAAUUGUUGAUUCUGGUGUCUUGUGCUUGUUGAGGCGCUUUUUGUUAAGAGAUGAUUAUGAAAGUCUUGCUGCUAUUGAAGCAUAUGAUGCAUCGAGAGUUAGGGAGGAACCAGAACAGGCUACUAAGGUUCUAGAUGAGCCGAAGGCAGAUGCUAAUGGUCAAUUAAAGGUCCGAAUCCCACCAUCUGCUCACAUCAGGAGGCAUGCAGGUAGACUGCUUACUGUUCUAUCUGCAUUGCCAAAAGUACAAAAGGCCAUUAUGGCAGAUGCAACAUGGUGUAAUUGGCUUGAAGAGUGUGCUAAUGGGAAGAUUUCUGGAUGUGAUGAUCCAAAGAUUCAGAGUUAUGCCAGAGCUACCCUGUUAAAUGUGCUUUGCCGUGAGAAACGGGACUCAGACUCUGGGAAGAGUGGUGGUACUGGUACUACUGUUGCGAACAAUAAUCGUGUUUGGCCACGCUAUGAGGACAUGAUAUUUUUAAUUAAUCCUGAGUCACAGCACUGGAAAUGCCCUGAUAAACCUGUAUCUGGGACAUCAAAUACAUGCUCUGGGGAUGAUGAUGACAUCAAUUCAUCCAACUCUACGGAGGGGCUUGGGGACUGCUCAUUGUCAAAGGUUCCUUCAGUAGACAUAAUUUUUGUUCAUGGUCUGCGUGGUGGGCCUUUUAAAAGUUGGCGCAUAUCUGAAGACAAGUCUUCAACUAAGUCUGGCCUUGUAGAGAAAAUUGAUCAGGAAGCAGGGAAGCAAGGAACCUUUUGGCCAGGUGAAUGGCUCUCAGCUGAUUUUCCUCAUGCCCGUUUAUUUACACUUAGAUACAAGACGAAUCUUACUCAGUGGUCUGGAGCUAGCCUUCCUCUUCAGGAAGUUAGCUCAAUGCUGCUGGAGAAGCUUGUUGCUGCAGAUAUUGGCAGUCGUCCUAUUGUAUUUGUGACACACAGUAUGGGUGGGCUGGUAGUCAAACAGCUGUUACAUCAAGCAAAGGCAGCAAAUUUGGAUGAUUUUGUUAAUAACACUGCUGGAGUUGUUUUCUAUAGCUGUCCACAUUUUGGCAGCCGACUUGCUGAUAUGCCCUGGCGGAUGGGCCUUGUGCUUCGCCCUGCACCUUCGAUAGGGGAGCUAAGAAGUGGAUCUCCUAAGUUGGUUGAGCUUAAUGACUUUAUGCGUCAACUUCACAAGAAAGGGUCACUUGAAGUUCUCAGCUUUUGUGAGACCAAAGUGACUCCAUUGGUUGAGGGUUAUGGAGGAUGGGCUUUCCGCAUGGAGAUAGUGCCUAUUGAAUCAGCAUAUCCUGGAUUUGGUGAUAUUGUGGUACUAGAAUCAACAGAUCAUAUCAAUUCCUGCAAACCCGUCAAUCGUGAUGAUCCUUCAUAUACAGAGAUUUUAGAAUUUUUGCGUAAAGUGAAAGCUCGCCAUACGUGAAAUGAGGAAUGGCAAUCCGAUUAAUUCUUUUUGUACAUAUAUUUUGUUGCGGUUUGCAUGAGCGUCUACUAGAGUUGGCUUUCUGGUGAAGGAAUUUGUGCAAUUGCUAAGCCAGCAAUGGAUGGUCUACUGCAGAAGAAGUACGUGCUUAACGUUCGGAACAUCAACGACUUUGCUACUGGUUACAUGUGCCCUUGUAUGUUGUACAUCUAGUAUAGUGGUUCAAGGCAGUUAGGCAUACAGUUUUACAGUUGUAAAUGAAUGAAAUGAAAUAGAAUAACUAUACAGACUUGUGGUGCCUUCGUCACCAAUUCAGAGUA